AGCUAGCGGCCGACUUUUCUUUGGCCAGUGCCUGAGAUUGGACAAUUUUGCAGCGAUUACUUGACCAUUUGACGCAAUUCCGCUCGUUGUCUCUGGCUGCAACGAACUCAUUACCAGUGACAAACUCACAUCCAGUUUGUUCAACUCCAGGCGGUUCGAGAUUGGGUUGUUACAUUAACAUUAUUAUGCGGCCAGCCGUGUGUGUGUGUAUGUGUGUAGUUUAUCUCGUUAUAUAUUUGUUUCUUUUGCGCUGGGAAAACUUGUUUCCCAGCUAACUGUGCCUGGAUUGGAGCUGGCUCACAUUGUUGUUGCUAUUGUUGACUGUGGAGACUUCCGAGAGCUUCCGUUUUAAGACUGGGAAAAUGGCAAAUGAUUGCUGUGUGUGGGGUAUAAAUGAAUUCGUUGUGCCCAGGCCGCCUUACUCAUUGUGCGAUCUUUGCAACGACAAGUGACGGCUGCCGCUCCGGCAACGUAUAUGGACUAAUAAAAGUGGCUAACAAAUCAACAAAACCUGCCAUGUCGAAUGGGUCAAUAAUUUUGCUCUUGUGGGCCUUCUGCUCUGGCGUGGCUGCCACGCCCACGACAUCGAUACCGCAGCGCCGUGUACAGAUGCAGGAUGAUGUGCAGUUAUUGCAUCCGCACAUCAUAACAAUUGAACGCUUAGAGCAUUUGUUAAGGCGUGCUGGUGAAAUCUUUGGUCCAGUUGUCCAAGCCGAAGACUCGGUAUCGGCUGGCAGCCAAGUGGACGCCCAGGUGGAGAUGCAGUCACAGCCACAUCAGUACAUGCUGCCACCCACAGACCAGCCAUACAACUUCUAUUUGCCGCUCUAUGAUUACGUGGAUCCCAAGUUGGAUGCCAAGAGCCGGCACAUGGAGAAGAUAACGCCACCGCCGCAGAGAUUGCAGCAGGAGCGCAAUUAUUACGCCGACAAGCCAAAGAAGACCCCGAAAAAGUUUAAUGCAGGGGCCAAGCACAUCAAUCUCAAGUGGCUCAAUACAUAUGAGAAGGCAAUGGGAGGUGUUGCACCGAAGGCCAUUUAUUUGGAACAGGAUGAGCGGAAUCGCAUUAAUUUCGAUGACUCCUUCUUUGCGGUUGACAUGCACGUAAAGACGCCCGACAAUCAGCCGCACAAGGAGCCGAACGUUGUGCCCGUUGAGCUGCUGCAGCAUGGCGAACAUCUGGCUGAGGAUGACCUAAUGGCCGCGCCUGCCCAGCUCACAUACAACUUCAAGCCAACUCCAAUUGUAUUGUAAUAUUUCU